AGCUGAAAAAAUACCAAAGUAAAUCGAUUAAAUUUUACAGCAAAAAGUAUUAAUGAUACAGAGUGAAAAACAAAAAAAAAUGUAAUAAAGGCUGAAAAAAAAUUUGUAGAUAUUUUGAAAGAAAAAGUAAAGCAAAGUAUGAUGUGAAUAAAAAAAAAUGUGCAAUUAAAUUCAAUUAAAGAAAUUAAAGUAGAGAGUUAAUUUAUUGGAAUUAAUAAUAUAUGCACACAAUAACAACAACACAAUAAAAACUAGCUGACACAACACCAACAACAAAAAUAAAACGGAAAAAAGAGAAAAAUAAAAAAAACUGCCAGUCAACCAAAUGAGGCUAACGAGUCUGACAGUCAGUUUGUUGUGCAUACAAUUACAAUACAGUUAAAUAAAGUUGACGAGACAACAAGACAACAAUAAUAAAAAUAUUAAAAUAUAAAAAAAAUUGGUCAAGAAUCUGUCCAUUUGUGUGUGAGUGAACGAACCUACAAUUGAGUUCAUUUCUCGUCAUCACACAGAAUUCCAAUUAUGGUUUUAGUCAGCAACGAAUGGCAAAAUAAAAGUGAAGAUGUACCAAAAACGACUGCUAACACAACAACCACAGCCGGUACAGCAGCAACAACGUCGAGCACAGCAGCAACAGUCAAUAUUGCUGAGCAUUCACUCACAGAAUCAAUAUCAGCAACAGCAGGAACAGUUGUUAAUGCACAUAGUAAUGCAACAAAUAGUAAACAAACAGAAACUGUAGCAGGAGAUUCUAUAAAUUCCAUAACUGCAGAUACAACAGUAAUAUCAUCAAGAGAAAUACCAACCGAAAUAGCAAGUCCAGAAACAACGGCAGCAACAACAGCAACAACAAAAACAAUAAAUAAAACAUUAGCAAACGAUAACGCCAACAACGAACAACAGCAAAAAUUAAAUGAAACAAUAAAUGAUAAAAAUUCUAUAGAAAUUACAUUUAAUAAUGAAUUAAACGAAGUCGAUGUCGAUAUAAACGAAUGUAAAAUCGCUGAAAUUGGAAAGAUAUCCACUGCAGCAGACACAACUAAACAGCAGCUAAAAGAAGAGGAUAAUAAUUUGAAUGAAUCUGUUUUAAACUAUAAUAAUAGUAUAAAAAUAAUGGCUGAGAAUACGAAAGAGUCACCGCUGAAAGAGGAAAAAGAAUUGGAGGAGUCACAACAGCAACAAAAACAACAACAACAGCAGACUACCCUUAUCAAUAAUCUAAAUCAUACGGGUAAUAAUAAGGAUCUAGAAGAAUCUAAUGCAUAUUUAAAUUCCAAUACCAACACUCUAACCACAGCCCCCAUACAAACUAUAAAAAUACAACAAAAUAAUCAGCAACAGAAUAUUAUAACACAACAACAACAACAGGUGCCACUUAGUUGUCCCAUAACGCCUCAGGCUCUAAGCAGUGCUUUACAGACAGCUUUGAAUGCUACCAAUAAUGCUAAUAAUUCAGUGGCAGCAGCUGGUUUGCAGCCCAACUUUCUCAGUCAAUUGGCAUUAACGGCAAAUGUAGCUGGUCUGCAAAAACCCACAACAACCACAGCCGCCAACAAUAACAACAGUCUAACUGCCAAACAACUAAAUCAAUCGUUUAAUAUGUUGGAUUCAAAUCAAAUAAAUCAAAACAAAAGUGAUAGUAAUCUGCUGGAAGGCACGUCAACAACGUCAACAACAUCCAACACAGUAACAGUACCUGCCGCUACUUACGAUAAUAAUGGUCUAGCAAAGAUUGUUUUGAUCUGUGAGGGCAAUUCUCAUCCAUUUCAAACACGUACCAUUAGUCUGACCCCCAACGUUGAGUGCAUGGUGGGACGCUUGAUAGCCAAGAGUAAAGCCAGCGAAAAUAAUGCCAUUUUCGAUUGUAAAGUAUUAUCGCGUAAACAUGCUGUCAUUUGGUAUACACCCGAUGGCAAAUUCUGGGUCAAAGAUACCAAAUCAUCGAAUGGCACCUUUAUAAAUGACAAUAAACUGGGCGACGAAGAGGCUGAACUGCAUUUUGGAGAUAUUGUCAAAUUUGGUGUAGAUGUUUUGGAAAAUUCCCGCAAAGAAGUUCAUGGCUGUAUAAUAGCCUGUGUUAAAUUGUAUUUACCUGAUGGCCGUGAAGCCAUAUCGAUUGAUACGAAUGCCCAUCGUAGUCAAUAUUCGGGUGAGGGACGCAUUAGCUAUGAUGAGCUGCAUCGUUUAAAUCUUUACAUACAGGAAACCUCACAACGUGAAAAGGUUUUAACUUCCAAAUUGUGUAAUAUACAAAAUGUCUUAGAUGCUACACGCAAAAAUUCAGCGUUAUGUUGGCAAUCAAUGAUCACUGAAGAUCAGCUAUUGCAUCGUAUACACUCGUUGGAGAAGAAAUUGCAGUUUAUGGAGAAAAAUGUACCCGAAAAUUUAUUAAGAAAUGAGGUUCUUAAAUUACUCGAUGAUAAAACUUCAUAUCAACAUACCGCCAAAGAGGCCUUACGCAAAGUCUAUCAAGAACGUUGUGAUGCCAUGCAAAUGCUAGCAAAAAUGGAAUCUGCCUAUACACAAUCCGAUAACGAAUGUUCUCUACUGCGCGAUCAAAUAAUGAACUCCAAACAAACCUUACAGGAAGUCAAUACACGCCUGCUGCGCCUCGAAACCGAAUACAAUGAGUUUAAAGAUGAAUCUGCUCGUCUGCAGCAAGAGGCCAAAGAACGUGAAGAACAGCGUAUUGUAGAGCUAAGCGAAAAAUUACGCGAACGUGAAUUAGAAUGUGAAGAUUUAAAAAAGAAAAUUUCUGAAUUAUUAAUAAAAAGAGCCGAAUUAUUAGAAAAUGAGGAGGAAUUAUUGGAAAAACAGGCCAUAGAGAAAUUAGAUGCCGCUAUAGCAGAUAUGGAUUUGGGCGAUGAUGAUGAUGAAGAUAGCAGUGACGAUGAUGAUGAUGAGAAUGAAGAUGUAAAUGAUGCUUUAGCUAUGGAGAAGAGUGAAAAUAAACGUAAUGGUAAUAAUGCAGAAAUUGAGGCUAAAGAAGAGGAUGAUACUCAGGCCAAAUUUGUUAUAAAUAGAAAAAAAUCAAAAGCCAGACCACAUUUAACUUCCAUAUUUGGUGAACAAUUAAAUGGUGUCGAUGAGGAGCCGGAUAAAACCGAGCUUAAAAAAGUCAAGACCUUUAAUGCUACAAAAGAGAAAACAUCACCAAAACGUGUCAAAGAAACGACCAUUAUGAAGUGGUUACAAAAUUCCGAUUUAAAUAAAAACGAAGGCUCUUUUGAUAUAUUCAAAGCCAUUUGUAAUGAAAACGAAAAUGAGGACGGAGAUGUCGAUAUCGAUGGUGAUAAUGAGGGUGAAAGUGAGGCUGGCAUUUUAAUGGAAACAAAAUUAAAACUAGCUAAACCCACACAAAUGCCUGAAGAAUUAUAUAAUAAUUUCACCAGUAAAUUGAAAAAUGUACAAAAGAAUUUAAAACAAUUAGAAGCGGAAAUUGAAAAUGAAACUGAAACUGAAACCGAAACAAGUGCUAAAGUUAAACAGGAGGUAAAGGAGGAGCAGGAUGAAAUUGAUAGUAGCGAUGUAGAGGAUGCUGAUGAAGAACAAGGUGCUUGUGCUGAGGAAGAGUUCAUUAUUAAACGUAAUGGCAAAUCAAGUACAUCAUCUGUAAAACAGGUGCUUUCGAAGGAAAAUAAAAAAUAUUUAUUAUUAAAAUCAAGUGUUAAUAUGCUAAGAGAAGCUUACAAUGAGAUAUGGGAUACUGUUAGGGACCAGGAAGGAACACACCAACAUAAAUAUACUAAACAACAGGCCGAAGGUGAAAAAGAAAAGUCACCACCACCCAAUAUCAAAGUUAAAACACAAUUCCCUACCUAUGCCACUAGUCCCAGCAGAGUGGCCAGCAAGAAGUUCGACAGUCAAACAGCAAUAAGAUCUUCUGCCUCGGAUAUCACUGAAUCCGAUUCAGAUGUUGAAAGUCUAACGUUAUCCUCCCCUAUAGAUAGUUCUCACAGUGGUACAGUUAUAAAUGUAAAAACUGAAACUACCAACGAUGAGUUAUUAUUGCAACAACUUAAAGAGUAUCAACUGCAAGUGGGAGCCUUAAAUGAGAAACUGCAACAAACCGAAUUAGAAGCACAACACACUUUGGAAAUCAUGCAAGUGGAAUGUGAUGAUGUUAAGCUUAAAAUGGAAAAUCUUAAUAAAAUCAUAGAAGCCUUAAAGAAUGAUAAAAAGGCUUUAGAACAAGUGAUCACUGAAAACAAUAAGAAUAAUAGUGAUAGUGAAAAAUUCGAAAUAAACGCUACAAAAACAUCCUGCCCGGAAAUCGAUGGUCAACUGGCCAAGGAAUUGGAGCUAGAAGAGGAUGCUGUCUUGAAUGCCAUCAAUGUAACCGCCUUAGAACGUGAAGAAGAGUUAAUCACUUACAAGGAACGUUUAGAUGAACAACAAAGGGAAAAUAUCGAUUUACGCAAUGAAAUUGCGUUACUCAAGCUAAAAGCUAAUAAUAAUUUAACUGGAACUACAAAAGAUGUAUUGCUUAAACAAUAUCUACCUUGUAGUUUUGUAAUUUUAGCAAUUAUCAUCUAUUUUUUAACCACUUAUUAUUAAAGAACUUUUUUUUGUAACUAAUCAUAACCUGCUGCUCUAGCUUCCAUUUCAAUUAUUUCUCUUAAAAAAAACAACAACAACAAAUUUUUCCAAAUUUUCAAUUUUUUCUAAUAAUACAUAAAACCUAAAACCCUCCAUAUUAAUGUUUUGAUUUUA